CAAAUUUUUGUUUCGGAAAACCUGUUCAAAAUUGUUUAAGUUCUAGGCGAAUCAGCGAUAAUGGCCGAAGUUCAUGAUUUUAUAGUGACCUGCAUAAUAUUUCUUUACCAAGUGUUCUUGAUAUUUAAAUCAAUACAUCCCCUGAAGAAGGAUGCCCUGCUGCUCAUCCUGCACAACUUUAUGCUGUACUAUGUUAUUAAUAUGUUCAAGCACGUGGCUCAGGCUUCAAUUGACUCGGAUGGACCAGUGAACACCUUCUACUAUGUACCAUUGGUUUAUGAAGUGAGCGUGGCUUCGGGAUACCAUCAGAGUUGGCAUGAGGUCCUCAGGUCAUCCAGCUGGCAGUUCUUUGAGGUCCUUUUUAGACAUCAUUUGGCCCUGCUGUUGCCAUUUAAUUUGGCUCUCCUGGUUCCCCGCUGCAAGUUGGCCUUCAUUAGCACAUUGGUUCUGGUGUCCAACUUCGUGAUGUUCGUCUGUUUCUCCUCAGCCAUUUGUCAGCUGCUAUUGGCCAUCGGCCACGCCCACAGCCUGCGUCUCCUUACGAUCCUGUGUUUGGGCCCUGUCUGCCAAAUGCUUUUGGUUUGCCGUCUCCUCGGUCGUAUGUGGCUCAGUCAGUGGAUUUUUGUUUGAGGCAUGAAAUUUGAUUUGCCGGCACUGAUUGCUGGCCAAAAGCCACAACCACACCCCAUCGUAAUCAGCACCCCAGAAGUUUAGCAGCAGCAAAUCAAAGCAAUAAACCAACUGAACCCAUCCGAAAAUCACUUUCACUGCACAAACUGCCAAACUGCAGGCAUUUAUGACAGCCGGCUCUGUGGCGGGUGGAAAGGAGCCAAAAUCGCAUAACAAAAUUGUUGCUGAAAAGUUGAACAAAUAUUGAGGUCAGC